UGUAAUGUAACCUUUGACGGUUUGACUUUCUCUUUUAUAUCACAGCUCCAGCGUUUAUAAACGCGAGAAUACCUCCAGUCCAGGCUCCAAGGUCGACGCGUUAAAAUCGCAACUAUUUGCGGUUUAAAAGCUUUAGUUGGUUUUACACUGACUUGUUGUUGCUUUCAGUUUCCUCUACCAAUUUACCCGGAAUCUGGUGUUGAGUUCGUUGUACUCGUGGGUUAAGAAUCAAGAUGCUGCCGCAGAGGUUGAAGAAGGCGAUCACAGAUAAUCCAAAGAAACUUGGGAAUUUGAUUGACCUCGUGAAUCUUCCGUCUACUCUACGUGAGUUCGUUGGUCAAUCUCAGAUCUCCCGUCUGGGUUGUUUCAUGCGUGUUUGGUCCUAUAUCAAGACCAACAAUCUUCAGGAUCCUAAAAACAAGAAUGUGGUGAAUUGUGAUGAGAAGCUGAAGAGCAUUUUGCUCGGUAAGAAGCAAGUGGAGCUAGUCGAGCUUCCUUCUCUUAUCAAGUUACAUUUCCCGAAAGAACCAAAGUAGAGUUGUCUGCAAAUGUAACAGAGUUCAACAUUGGCUUCUUUGGGGUCGUUUGUUUUUUGUUCACAAGAUGUUCGUUUAUGUUUAUGGGAAUGCUUAAAGAGAGAUAUGAAUGAUACUUUUGAGUUCUAAUGAGUUGAAUACAAAAUUGUCUUUCUGGUUUCUGGAUUCAA